GGUGUACAACGACGCUGACAGCUAGCAUAGAAGCAGGGUUGAUUAUUUAUUUUUUAAAGGAAAUGUUUGUCUGAUUUUUGUUAUUCUUCAACCGAAUCAACAAUUGUAAACUUUUUGAUAGAAAUAAUACAUUUUUGGACGUCUGGGAGAUAAGGUUUGGGCACACAUCGAAGCCAAAGGAAGAACACGUUGUCUGACAGGCUGGUGCUUCUUUUUGUUGGGAGUUUAGCCCAAGUGCGCGCGUCUCUCGGCCGACUCUGUCAAGUACCUCAGGAUGCCAUGCCAUAACCAGCAAGUGAAUAAUGUCAGCAGUGGCCAAGAACUCCCAAUGAAGCAAGUACGAUUCGCAAAUAGCACCAACAAUGUGCCCGGAAUAUUGUCGGACAACGACUCAAGUAAUGUGACAAUACAACCCGUCAAUAAUCAAGACAACCUUGGACCUCAACUAAAGCUGUUGCCUCUGAAUGACCAGAUCCGAGAGUUACAGACCAUUAUCAGAGACAAGACCACCAGCAGAGGAGAUUUUGUGUUUAGUGCAGACAGAUUGAUUAGACUUGUUGUUGAAGAGGGUUUAAACCAGCUGCCCUAUUCGGAGUGCACGGUUACAACACCUACAGGGUACAAGUAUGAAGGUGUGAAGUUUGAGAGAGGCAAUUGUGGUGUCAGUAUCAUGAGAAGUGGUGAGGCUAUGGAGCAGGGUCUCAGGGACUGUUGCCGCUCAAUACGAAUCGGCAAAAUCCUUAUCCAAAGUGAUGAGGAAACACAGAAGGCCAAGGUCUAUUAUGCCAAGUUUCCCCCUGAUGUUUACAGGAGGAAAGUGCUGCUCAUGUAUCCCAUUCUUAGUACUGGAAACACCGUGAUUGAAGCGGUGAGAGUGUUGCUAGAACAUGGUGUCCAACCUCGCCAUAUUAUCCUCCUCAGUCUCUUCUCUACACCUCAUGGAGCCAAAUCAAUCAUUCAGGAGUUUCCGGACAUCACCAUCCUCACCACGGAGGUCCACCCAGUGGCUCCCACACACUUUGGGCAGCGAUAUUUUGGCACAGAUUAAGGAGGUUUGAGCCUAUCACAAACUUAAGGGACAUGAUCUUAUUUUAUUUUUUGUCUUGUUUAUUUAAAUAUUCUAAGUCAGGGGUGGGCAAACUUUUUGACUCGAGGGCCACAAAGGGUUCUAAAAUUUGAUGGAAGGGCCGAACCAAGAGCAGAUGGAUGGAGUUUUUUGGCAAUCCACCUCAUAAGAGAAAAAAAUAACAUGGGAUAUGUAGAAACUAUGUCCCAUGUUAUUAAAAUAUCCCAUAAUUGAAAAUCAUUACAAAGCUCUACAACAAAAUAUCUGUCUUUCAAGUCCCACGGUAUUUAUUAUUUAUUGAAAUGAGUGUGAAAAACACUGAAAAUUAUUAUUAUUGUUGUUCUUGAAGGUCGGUGGGCCGGAUUAAGAAGAUUAAAGGGCCACAUAUGGCCCCCGGGCCGUAGUUUGCCCACCCCUGUUCUAAGUGUUUCCUCUUGUUUUGCCAAAUACUUACACUCUCCAAAGUAUGCAAUAUCAGGCAGAAUUGAGUUGUAUUUUAAGUGUAAUCUGUGUUUUUGCAUUGUUCUUAACUAUAAAAAGUUUGACAAUGGAUCAUUUUAUUUUGCAUGUUACAACACAGAUCAAUUGAUAAAGGCUUUAUAUUUGUCAAAUGGCAUAUAAACAAAGUUAAUUAAUAUGGA